AGGGGGGAGGCCGGGCCUGGAUUUCCAGUCUGAGGGAGGAGGCAGGGGCCAAUCACCCUGGUCUCUGGCCUUCCUGGAAACGCCCCCAGGGCUGGGCUUCCAGGAUUAGGCCCCUGGUUAAGCUUUGAUCUUGGGGCCCCAGCUCUGGAGGUGGGAAGAGUCCCCCGGUGAGGACAGUGAAGUGGCUGACUGAGAAUGGCAUCGGAAACUCGCUAUGCAGGGAAGGUGGUGAUUGUGACAGGGGGUGGGCGCAGCAUCGGAGCCGGAAUCGUGCGAGCCUUUGCUGAAAGUGGAGCACACGUGGUCAUCUGCGACAAGGACGAGUCUAGCGCCCGAGUCCUUGAGCAGCAGCUCCCCGGCACGGUCUUUAUCCGCUCUGACGUGACUCGAGAGGAGGAUCUGCAGACCCUGAUUGCUGAGACCAUCCGCCGAUUUGGCCACCUGGAUUGUGUGGUGAACAACGCUGGCUACCAUCCGCCGGCACAGAGGCUGGAGGACACCUCCGCCCAGGACUUCCGGCAGCUGCUGGAGCUAAACCUGCUGGGCGCCUACACCCUGACCAAGCUCGCUCUACCCCACCUGCGGAAGAGCCGGGGCAACAUCAUCAACAUCUCCAGCCUGACUGGGGCCAUCGGCCAGUCCCAGGCAGUGCUCUACACUGCCACCAAGGGGGCAGUCACAGCCCUCACCAAAGCCUUGGCCUUGGACGAGAGCAAGUACGGCGUCCGAGUUAAUUGUAUCUCCCCAGGGAACAUCUGGACCCCGCUGUGGGAGAUGGUGGCAGCUUCCACGCCAGACCCCGAGGCCGAGAUCCGGGAGGGGGUGCUGGCCCAGCCCCUGGGCCGCAUGGGCCGGCCGGCUGAGGUGGGCGCCGCUGCUGUGUUCCUGGCCUCCGAAGCCACCUUCUGCACGGGCGCGGAGCUCCGCGUGACGGGAGGCGCAGAGCUGGGCUACGGGAGCAAAGCCAGUCGGGACACCCCUCUGGAGGUCCCCACGCCCCCUCCUGAUUUCCCACCGGUCUCCCGCCUGUCCCAUCCACCUGCAGGUGGAGCCCCCCGCCCCGAAGUCUGAAGUCCCGGUCACCCCGCAGGU